CGAAAUGACUAACAAGCCCUUCAAACAAGAUCCAUCCUCUACCAACAAGAAAACUAAAGUUCUUUGGCAAAUGAAGACAACAAACAAGAACCAGAAGCUUCUUCUUUUAUUCGAUCUUUAACAUUCUCUGGAAAGCCAAUUCUUCAUCUGUAACAUCGAAACACUAUUAAGUAGCAAUGGAUCAACGUCUCCUCAUCUCCGCCACCUUCGUCUCUCUCCUCUCCCUGACUCUUACCCCAGAAAUUCAUUCAGCUUCUUUCAAGCUCAUCAACAGGUGCCGCCGCACCAUCUGGCCCGGUUUUCUCUCCGGCGCCAACUCUCCACCGCUUUCCUCAACCGGCUUCGAGCUCAGGACCGGAAAGUCGAGAACGUUAACCAUCCCUAAGUCUUGGUCGGGCCGGCUCUGGGCCCGAACCCUCUGUGCACAUCACAGCAACCAAACAUUCUCUUGCGUUACCGGAGACUGUGGCUCUGGUAAGGUCGAAUGCGCCGGCGCAGGAGCUGCCCCACCUGCUACCCUUGCGGAAUUCACCCUCAACGGCGCCAGUGGGCUGGACUUUUACGACGUAAGUUUGGUUGAUGGCUAUAACCUCCCUAUGCUAAUCUUGCCCAAGGGCGGUUCCGGUGGCGGCUGUAGUGCUACUGGGUGUCUAGUUGAUCUCAACGGUGCGUGUCCAGCGGAUUUGAGAGUGGCGCGUGGGACACAAGGGCCAAGCGUAGCGUGUAAGAGCGCAUGUGAGGCUUUUGGUGAUCCUAGAUAUUGUUGUAGCGAGGCGUACAAUACGCCUGAUACCUGUGGACCUUCAGUGUAUUCUCUCUUCUUCAAGCAUGCUUGCCCACGCGCGUAUAGCUAUGCGUACGAUGAUAAGACGAGCACGUACACGUGCGCCUCCGCUGACUAUGUCAUCAUAUUUUGCCCGCCACCAUAUACCAGAACAAAGGUGAAAUUGUCAUUAUGGGCUCCACUCAAUAAUGGAGCUAAACUUCAAAAAUUGGUGGAAGCACGAAAAGAUGGUGCACUUUUACCACUUGUGAACAAGACUACAAUGUACAUUGCAACACAUCAUUCAAGUGGUGCUUUAUCCUCAGGUCUGGACCAAAGACAUUUUACUGCCUCUUCUGCCUCUAUACUAUCAGCUUUUUUGCUUUCUUGGCCGCUUAUAUUGCCCUUAUGACUAACAUUGGCUUCGCCUGGAUAUCUCCAGGCAGAUAGUAUCUCAAAUUCCAGCUGAGAAGGUGCCAUCUUCAAUGUUGCUGCACCAGUGGAGUUGAAGUUCAGAUUAGUCAACUCUUGUGGGACUUUGAAAUUCCAUGGAAAAUCUUGUACAUGUUUUUGUUCAUAUAGUUCAUUAAGAUAUAUUGAGCUUCUCGAUCAAUAUGGUAUGAUUUACACUGAAUUCUAUCCAGUGAAAUUUUUGCAUUAUAAGGAAUUCCAGAUACCAGAAGAAUUGUCUGUUCCCUCACAAAAUGUCCUGAUCUGUUGUGGUUGAGUUGUUUCAUGUCAACUUAGCAAGAUUUAGAAGAGUCUCUGUAUUGAACCCCCUCUAAUACUUAAUUGAAGGUGGGAUGUUAACUCCUAAUUGGCUGCAAGAAAUCCCAUUUGUUAUUCUAUA